AUGAAUGGAGGGAAGCAGAAAGGAUACGCAGGGAACCCCUACAAAGGAACCCCACGGAACCCCCCAAAGGAACCCACAAGGAACCCCUCUAAAGGCACCCACACAAAGGGGAAACCCCACGUAGGACCCCCAAAGGGAACCCCUCUAAGGAACCCCUCUAAAGGAACCCCGAGCAAAGGAACCACCCACAAAGGAACCCUCAAAGGAACCCCCACAAAGGAAACCCCACGUAGAACCGGAAACCCCCCAAAGGAACCCCCCCAAAGAACCCCUCAAAGAACCCCCCAAAGGACCCCUCUAAGGAACCCGCCCCCUCUAAGGAACCCCUCUAAGGAACCCCACGUAGGAACGCUCCACAAAGGACCCCUACACAAGGAACCCCCAACGAACCCCUCUAAGGAACUCGCCCAACCAAAGGAACCCCAAAGGAACCCCAACGUGGAACCCAACAGGGCGCAGGAACAUGCCUCUAAGGAAACCCCCCAAAAGGAACCAUAA